AUGGGCAAAGAAGAAGAAAAGAAGGCAGAAGCCAAAAAGCAUAAAAAAGUUGAUAAAGAAACAAAGAAAAAAGUUGACUCCAAAGCAGCAAAGCCUAAAGAAGCAAAAGCAGCAAAGCCAAAAACCCCAGCAAAAUCUGCAAAAAAACCUGAUGAGAAAUCCGCUCCUAAGCCAGCUCAGAAAAAGAAAGCCCCAGAAAAGCCUACUAAAGAGGAGCCAAAACCCGAAAAAAAAUCAAAACCUUCAAAACAAUUCCAAGACGAGGACGGGCUUCCUAUCCAGCGAAAGCCAGGCCAAAAAUACCCAGAACCCUCCUUAGAUGAUCCCACAAGAGCAUUUUACGAAAGUCUUUAUGAGCAGAAUCCUAAAAGCUUGAUGGCUCAAAAAUAUUGCUUAGAUUACGGCCUUUUGCCUGAAGAAGUCGCACAGAAACUGUUAAGCGUAUUUAAUAAGAAAAAAUAA